AUGCGUGUUUUGGACAAACUGAUGUUGGAACGACUCUCAGCAGAGAGGACAGAGUGCCUGAACCGCCUGCAACAGCACUCUGACAUAGAGAAGCAUGAGGGAGAGAAACGACAGAUGUCUUUGGUGGAUGAAUUAAAAACCUGGUGCAUGUUAAAGAUUCAGAAUCUGGAGCUGAAGCUUUCCGGAGAUUCUAGGGCCUUUAGGGCUAAAUCCACACCAUCUACUUGCGAGUCUUCUACAGGUGUGGAUCAGUCAGUGAUGACUGCAGGUCCUGCAGCAGCUUCUGACAGUUCCCCGCAGGUGGUCAGGCCCAAGGAAAAGGGCCUCAAUUCUGCUGCUACCCACAAACUGCAGCAGGAGCUCUCUUCCUCUGACUGCACAGGCUCCCGACUGAGGAACGUCAAGGUCCAGACAGCCAUGCUACCCUUGAGUGAGGCAGCCAAAUGUGACCUGCAGGCUGGGCCCUGUGUCAACAGAGGCACCCAAACCAAGAAGUCUGGGAAGAGUGGGCAGACAAGGCAUCGAGCCCAGCAGCCAGCAUCUGGUGGGCAGCCGCCGCCUACAACAGGCAGCGAGCAGGCUGCCCCUCACGUUCGAGACACCUCCCAAGCUCUGGAGCUUACCCAGUACUUUUUUGAGGCAGUUUCUACCCAGAUGGAAAAGUGGUAUGAACGGAAGAUUGAAGAAGCUCGAAGCCAAGCCAGUCAGAAAGCCCAGCAAGACAAGGCUACGCUGAAGGAACAUAUUAAAAGUUUAGAAGAAGAACUCGCUAAACUAAGGACUAAGGUGCAGAAGGAAAAUUAGUACCUGGAAAGUAGAACAAGAAAGGAUUCUUGAGGAUUUCCUGUUUUGCAGAAUAGCUAUGCCGAAAGAGUCAAUUAUGUAUACAUAGCAGAUUUGCUUUAAAAAAUCACUAAUUCCUAAAAUGUGCCAGAUAUGCCCUGAAGUUAUGAAAACUUCAACAAUUAAACUGAAACCAGGGGAAGCUUGCUUAGUUUCAAGUUUCAUUACAAACUCUAAACCUCAGUCCAGGUUCACCCGAAGUUCAAAAGCUCAGAUUAAUAAGCAAACUACACUAAGAAACUGAAUGCAUAAGCCUAAACCCUAAAAUUCAGGAUGUGAGAAAUAAUAUGUCAAAGGCAAGAAAAAAAUAAGAACCUGUGAAUUCAAGUAGUUAUUCAUAUGUUGGGUUGUCAGAAGUCAUGAUGCAUUUUUGCAUAGAAAAAUGGAAAAAAUACAUCAUGACUUUUACAACAACCCAAUAAAUUUGAACACACCUGCUGUGCCUAGACAAGAGUGUUUUUGUAGAGAGUUGUAAUUCUGAGUUGUGGUAGACCCUUUUUCUGAAACUCAUAAUUCUCAAAACACUUGACAGCUGAACCAGGUAAACAUUUACCAGAUUUUCAGAGAAAAGGUUUUCAUGAUGUCGCAAGAUUCAAUAUAUCUUAAAUUUUUUGAAAAGUCAGAAUUUCUUUAAUAAGUAAUUGGCUGCAGCACUGGGAAUAAUUGUUUUAAAUCUUUUACAUUCCUUUUAUAAGAAAGACAAAGACAAGCACCCUUAACGUGAUUUCACGCCAUGAUCCUCCCCCAAGCCUUCUCAGCCAGCCAGGAUUACAGGCACAUGUGCACGUGCUGGGGGUGUACAGGUCAGCCUUAGCACCAAACCCCUCCUCUAUAUGGCUGUCAGCAUUGCAGACCCACAUGCCACUACUGCCACACAGCAGAGGGGCUUGGAAAUGUGUUAACAAUGAGCUCAGAAAAGGUUUAAAUUAUUUGACUACGGUCAGCCAAAAUAUUAUUAUCAGUGACGUUAAAGCAGAUUUACAGAGAAAACAUUCAAGUAACAACUACUUGAGAAGCCGGCAGGUGGCGUGGUGAUUAAGGUUGCUGGACUCCCACAUGGAUGGGCAGCUUGCUUUCUCACUUUCCUUCUCUCUCUCUCUCUCUCUCUGGUCAAAUUAAAAUAAACAAAAUAAAGUGAUUCUUAUUUUUAAAAAUUACCUGAAAUUUCUAUAACCCAUUCCUAAUUAAACCCAGUAUCUUGGAGUACCUUUCCAAAUUUGAGAUUGAUCUAUAGUAUAUAAAGAA